UAAGAAUACAUACAAAAACAUUGUCCAAAUCUUUGCCACGAUGGAUGAAAGACUAGCCGAAGAAGGGGAGGCCCCUCGUCUAACAAUUAAGCGCAAAAUGGUGCUCGAUGUGGAUAAUUUGUUUCCAAUGUCUUCAAAAGUGGAUCCAAGCAAGUGCCGCGAUGAGUAUUUGGCGGACGCGGUCAAGCCAUACGAAAAGAUAGUCGAAGAGGUGGAGAGAGUCGUUAGGCGAGUGCAUGGUUCCUCACUUAAAGGCGCGACAGGAAACAUGACCGUGGAAGAAAUACUCUUUCGUGAGAUGGAGAUGCACGAUGAAGACUCGGACUCUGACCCCAAGAAGCACAAGAAAGUCAUUUCGGAGGAAGCCAAGGCGGCUGCCCUCGACAUUAUGGAUAUACUACAAAUUCGCUACGACGAUCUGAUACAAGAUAUGCGUAGGGUGUGCAUUAAUUUCCAGCUGGAGCAAUUAAAAUUUCGCAUGGUGGUGCUGCGUGAAAUGUGGCCGGGAGAUCCAUCGGUGCUGCCCUAUCGCAUGUUCGGCUGGUCUGUCGAAGAUUAUUUCCGUCGCUUCGAGCAGCCCAAUACGCUGUACAUCGACGUUAUGGAAAUGGAGCUGUCCAACGCCGAAAUGGAGUGUUUAAAGUUUCGUAUGGACUUGGAUGAGGUGCUACGGUUAAUAGACUCCAUACUCGUGGAUAUUAAAAAUAAUCGCGAUCUGUGUCGCUAUUCUAUGUCCGAUAUGCUCGAUACAAAGAUUGAUAUAGAAGAGGUUUUGAAUAGACCGCGCGCCAAGCUGCUUCACGAACACGACGAGAUGACGCUAGACCUCUUCCAGUAUAAGAGCGGCCAACGGAGUGCCCAAGCCGACCAGAAACGUCGCAACCUCAAGGCUCUACAGGUGCAACAGGAUUAUUAUGAUCCGAUUGAGCGGCGCUAUCUCGUCAACUGGACGUACAGCACCAUGGAGCAGGUCAACUAUAGUGACGAUCAGCAAUGCCAACUCUUGCUCGAUGAGCUCAAUAACGUUACGAAACUAAUCAAGGAGGAAAACUAUGUGUUCCAGUGUAGCAACCAAAAGUAUUAUGCCACCAUUGAGGAAUAUAAGAAUCGCAUCUACGAAACACAAAUGACGUAUGAUGUCGAUCUUGAAACGGCUGAGAACAAUGUUCAAAUCACGCGCAACAAAUUGCAAAAAGCCAAAGACGAUCUCAAGUUCUACAAGGAACAGAUAAAGGUGUUCCACGAGAAAAUCGCGCAUGUGCGUGAAUUGAUAGCAAUGGAGGAAGCCGCUGAAAUAGCCCGGGUGGCCAAGUUGGCUGAAUCUUUGCUGGCUGGUCCCAAAAAGGGCAAGGGUAAGGACAAAGCUAAGGGCAAAGGUAAGGGUAAGGACAAAAAGUAGAAACAUUAAAUGAUACUCCAUAGUCUAUACUCGUGUAAAUAAAAUUGAGACGAAACUAA